AUUGUAGUCAGCCUAAAGUAGCUGCUUAAUCAGUGUGGCGUGGGUCUGUAGCUUAAGAGAAGAUGAAUGGGAAACGGCCAGCUGAGCCAGUUUCUGGCCGGACGGGGAAAAAGGGAAAGAAGGAGGUGAUAGCGGAGUUUUCGGACGCUGUCACCGAAGAAACCUUGAAAAAGCAGGUGUCUGAGGCCUGGAGCCGCAGGACGCCGUUUGGUCACGAGGCCAUUGCCAUGGACAUGGAUCCCUUUCUUCACUGCGUCAUCCCAAACUUCAUCCAAAGCCAAAACUUUUUGGAAGGGCUUCAGAAGGAACUUUUGAACUUGGACUUCCAUGAAAAGUAUAACGAUUUAUAUAAGUUCCAGCAGUCGGAUGAUUUGAAGAAGAGAAGAGAGCCUCACAUCUGUGCUUUAAGGAAAGUUCUGUUUGAAGAUUUCCGGACUUGGCUUGCUGACAUUUCCAAGAUUGACCUGGAAUCAACUAUUGACAUGUCCUGUGCUAAAUAUGAAUUCUCUGAUGCCCUCCUCUGCCAUGAUGAUGAGCUGGAAGGGCGCCGGAUCGCCUUCAUUCUUUACCUGGUUCCUCCCUGGGACAGGAGCUUGGGGGGCACCCUGGACCUGUAUGAUGUCGAUGAACACUUUCAGCCGAAGCAGAUCGUCAAGUCUCUUAUCCCUUCAUGGAACACACUGGUUUUCUUUGAAGUGUCUCCAGUAUCCUUUCACCAGGUGUCCGAAGUCCUAUCUGAAGAAAAGUCGCGUUUGUCUAUAAGUGGCUGGUUCCAUGGUCCUUCACUGACCCGGCCUCCCAACUACUUUGAACCUCUCAUACCUCGGAGCCCUCACAUCCCACAAGAUCAUGAAAUUUUGUAUGAUUGGAUCAACCCUACUUAUCUGGACAUGGAUUACCAAGUUCAAAUUCAAGAAGAGUUUGAAGAAAGGUCUGAAAUUCUCCUAAAGGAGUUCCUUAAGCCUGAGAAAUUUGCAGAGGUCUGUGAGGCUUUGGAGAAAGGAGACGUGAAAUGGAGCAGCCGAGGUCCCCCUAACAAAAGGUUUUAUGAGAAAGCUGAGGAGAGCAAGCUUCCUGACAUUCUGAAGGACUGCAUGGAAUUGUUCCGCUCCGAGCCUCUGUUCUUGCUGCUCUCCAACUUCACAGGCCUGAAACUCCACUUCUUGGCCCCUUCAGAAGAAGAUGAGGUGGUGAACCAAAAAGAGGGAGAAGGAGCCUCUGCGGCUGAUAACCGUGAAGAAGGGACGAGCCAUAGGUCCCCUGGGCCAGAGAACCAUCAGACGGCCUUCUGCAAUAACAGCCAGCAGAGCCAGGGACAGACAGACCCAGAGUCAGAGGAAAAUGAAGCAGAGGAAGACUCAAGUGUUCCCACAUGCCAGGGAGAACUGAGGCGUUGGAAGACCGGUCACUACACUUUGAUCCAUGACAACAGCAAGACUGAAUUUGCCCUAGACCUACUUCUCUACUGUGGCUGUGAAGGCUGGGAGCCAGAAUAUGGUGGCUUUACUUCCUACAUUGCCAAAGGUGAAGAUGAAGAGCUGCUAACAGUGAAUCCAGAAAACAACUCUUUGGCACUGGUCUACAGAGACAGAGAGACUCUGAAAUUUGUCAAGCAUAUUAACCACCGAAGCCUCGAACAAAAGAAAGCCUUCCCAAAUAGAACUGGUUUCUGGGACUUCUCAUUUGUCUAUUAUGAAUGACAGGGCUGGGCAAAGCUGAAGGAAAGAGACCCUCGGGACUGGAAAGCAUGCAGGAGCCACAAGGUGACCUGUGUGACGGUGUCCUUAAAAUCUGUGUGUGGUAGGACUCAUCAUCACUGUCCUCAAUCUAGACCUUGAGCUUGGAGCGAGGUACUUCUCUCUUGAUUAAAAAAAAAAAGGCUUUUUUGUCUUUUUUUUUUUUUUAACAUUGAGUUUUUCAUUUUCCAUAAUGACCUUCCUUAGUGAUUUUUUAAAAGUUUUUGUGUGUGAUAAAAUAUACACAACGUCAAGUGUACCAUUUUAACCAUUUUUAAAUGUACACUUCAGUGACAUUCAGUAUGUUCACAUGGCUGUGCCCCCGUCACCACCAUCCACCUCCAGAACCUUUCCAUCUCCCCAGACAGAAGGUCUGUCCCCGUGAAAGCGUAGCCCCCCACCCCCAGCCCCUGGCAGCCCCCAUUCCACUUUCUUUCUGUCUGUCUGUUCUUAGAAGUGGAACAAUACAAUAUUCAUCCUGCAACUGGCUUAUUUCACCGAGCAUAAAGUCUUCAAGGUUCAUCCGUGUUUCCAGUGAUUUUUUUUUUUUAAUACUCAAGGCCGAUCCUGCCCUUCCUAAUCGCACUGGUUUAGAACAUUGCAGAAACUUCUAGCCUCUUCUUGCUGGGCUCAUGAUACUUCCUCCCACUGCUUAUGGCUUUGUUUCACUGACUCUCCUAGGACAGUGUAGACUUAGAUGACGGUGUUCCUGCCUUGAUAAACUCGGGCCUGGCCCAAACCACACGGCCCCCGCCUCAGGAGACUUCAGGAUGGUAGAGAGGGCUGCUUGUGCCCUGUAUAGUGGCUCCUGGGGCUACUGCCUUUCCAUCCUGGAGUUGGGACUCUGGCCUCACGCAUCUUUCCUUUUCCUAAACACUCUAGGGUCGGCUAUAAAACUUGUUGCCUUUUUUUCUUUAAAAGGACAAAGGAUAAAGGCCCCAUCAAAAUGCCAAGAGGCUGUGCACUCUGUUACAUUCUUUUCCCCUGGACUAUCGUGGGGGUUACAUGAGAAGUACCACAUGUCCAUGUGGGUGUGCCAAGUGGGCAUCGGGGUCACUGCAUCUUUACCUGAAAGAUGCUGUUCUCAUUCUAUUCUUGUCUUCUCAUUUCCUCUCUCUUUUUUACACGUAUUACUAGCUGUUACCAUAGCUUUUAUUGGGGGUUUUAUUAAUCAAGAGCAAAAGCACUGGGCUUUUAUCUUCGUUAAUCUCGUGACACUUUGAGUACUGACUGUAUUCUAAAGUUGACCUUAAAUGAGAGAAUGAGGUUCACUUUCUUUUAGGUUGAUGGCUUUAAAAUUUAAUUUCGCACCCCAGUCAGUAAAAAAUGUUUUAGCAUUUAUACCCAUUAUAUGGAUAUGUGUCUAGAAAUUUUUCACAUGCACUAAUAUUCAGUAUUGUUACAAAACAUAUCUUUUUCCCAGGUGAGAUGAGAAAGAAGCACCUAGAACUAGUGUUCUAAUGGUGUCUUCCCAUGCCCACAUGGUACCGGGCCAGUGUACAUGCAUACUAUUUUGGAGACCACAGUUUUUUCACCAUGGUAUAAUAACACUCACAGAUUACACCUACUGUGUAACUAAUGGCUUACAUUUCAAAGCUUGCCUUUUCUUUUCAGUUGCUACAGACUGAUUUCACUCACUUGCUUUCUGGUGUGUUUUUAUGAUGGGGAGAGAGAGGGGUGAGGUUCUAGUGAACCCGUCAGUGGCGUAACUGGAAGCGGAGGGCCCAGGAGAAAGUGCCAGGCAGGUGAAACCAUCACAUAUGCCAAGCUGGGAAAAUAGAGACUCAUGGCUCUAGGUGACACGUACGAUGCCACCCAGCUUGUCCUGUUCUGGAGUGCUCUGUCUAAACCUUAGCAAACUACACAAGCGUUAAAAUGUGCUUAUUAGUUUCUCCUUAAUCUCAGUGUGUCUAUGGUCUGUCAACAUGGCAGAAUCUUCUAUACACUAUGGAAAAGGAUUUCGGUGCCUGAAGGGAGAGCGAGUCCCUGAGGGCCAGACUCUGAUGUUUGUGUCCGUUACAUCAUCUACAGCAGCUCCUCUUAGAGGACCGUGUAGCUCUCACAGGUCCCUUUCCUGC